AUGAACCGCGUGUCGAAUCGGCUCUUGGCGACACCGCCUCGGCCAUCGCCCGCGCAGACAGCCUUUGACGCCGAAGUCGACGUGCUGAUUGUCGGGAGCGGUGCGGCAGGUCUGGCGGCAUGCUUGCGCGCACACUUCCACGGCCUCAAACCACUGGUCGUCGAGAAGACCGACAAGAUUGGCGGCAGCUCGGCGUACUCUGGGGGCGCGUUGUGGAUUCCUCAGAGUCGGCUCGCCAAACACGAGGGCAUCAGCGACAGCAAAGCAGAGGCGCUGAAGUACAUGGAGGCAGCCAUCGGGCGUGUCGGGCCAGCAUCAACACGGCAGCGGAAACUCGCCCAUCUCGAGCAAGGCCCGCUGAUGCUUGAUUUCCUCACGAGCCUAGGCUUCCGGUGCAGGCUGAGCCAGGGCUGUCCCGACUACUACCCCAAGCUGCCAGGCGCCUCGACUCGGCACGGCAGGACAGUUGAGCCCGGUGUUUUCGAUCUCAAGGCGCUGAAGAAAUGGCAACCGCUCCUCCGCCCGGGCCCGCUGCGGCAACUACCUGUUUUCAUAGACGAGGUGGGCAGUCUCACGAGCAUGGGCUCCUCCGUCAAGGACUUUGCCCGAGGGCUGAGGUGUAUAUGCAGGGUCAUGUGGCUCAAGGCAACGGGUCGGGAGCCGGCAACCAUGGGACAGUCUCUUGUCGGGCAGCUUCUUCACCUGAACCAGCAGUCUGGUCUUGCCGUUCAGCGCAACACGUCGCUGCUCGACAUGAUACAGCGCGAGGACGGGACCGUCAUCGGAGCCACGGUGCGGCAGGACGACGGGAUCCGGAGCAUCCGAGCCCGGCGCGGAGUGCUGCUCUGCGCAGGCGGCUUCGCGCACAACCAGCUCAUGAGGGACAGGUACGGCCCCGCGCCGGCGAGCACCCGGUGGACCAGCGCGUCCGAGGGCGACACCGGCGAUGCCAUCGGCGCCGGCAUGAGGCUGGGCGCUGCCACGGCCCUCAUGGACGACGCCUGGUGGGGGCCGACGAUCCUCGAUCCCGUCCUCGGCAAGCCCUUGUUCGCGCUGCAAGAGCGGUCGCGCCCGUUCAGCAUCAUCGUCGACUCCACGGGCUCGCGGUUCAUGAACGAGUCUGCGCCGUAUACCGACUGCGGCCGCCGGCAGUACGCCAGAAGCCGUGAGGUGAGCGCCAUCCCGGCGUGGCUCAUACUGGAUGCCAAUCAUCGCAAGCGAUACUGCCUCGGCAGUCUGCGGCCUCGGCAGGAGGCAAAGGAAGCUCUGACCCGAGGCCGGCUCUACAAGGCCGAGUCACUUGAGGAGCUGGCGGCCAGAAUCGGCCUUGAUCCGUCCAGGCUGCAGUCGACGGUUUCUCGAUUCAACACCAUGGCGCGGGACGGGGUGGACCGAGACUUUGGCCGCGGAGACGACGAGUACGACAACUACUACGGCGACCGGAAAGUCGCGCCAAACCCGAACCUUGGCCCUGUUGCCGUGGCCCCUUACUACGCAGUGUCCGUCGUACCGGGAGAUUUGGGCACAAACGGCGGACUGGUUACUGAUGAGCACGCGAGGGUGCUGAAACCAGAUGGCUCCGUCAUCAAAGGGCUGUAUGCCACGGGGAACACCGCUGCUACCGUCAUGGGAAGGGCAUAUCCCGGGGCUGGAUCUACGCUCGGCCCGGCUCUUACGUUUGGUUACAUUGCGGUGAAUCAUAUGGCUAGCGGGGCGAGGGAGUAG